CAUUUGACAAUAACUUAAUGUUUUCAUCCAUCAUAAAAAAUCACAUUUACUCACUGAUUUUAUGCGCCAUACUCUUCCGAGUUUAAAUGAUGAAACAAGCUAUGAGUUCUGUCUGCAGGCAUGAUUUUUAUAGAUUAUUGACUGAAUAAUUAUGUAAGCUAUAACAGUCAUAUGGGUGGAACUGAGCAACUUAUAUUCAUCUUUAUUGCCUUUAAGUUGUGCAUCUACGUGUGAAUUAGUGUAAAUGUCUGUUACCUAUUAAAUUUUGAGAAACAUAUCACAUUAUGCCUUGAACGUCAUUGUUUUCAUCAGUAAUGACGUCCAAAGCAAUUUGGCUGCUACGUAAAGACCGCGGCCCCUUUAAUUGGGAACGUAGCUGACGUGCUUCGUGCGUCAUCGCGUACUUUAGCAAAACAACCCGCGGUCAAGGUCCAUGAAGCACUUGAUGUAGGAAAGAGAUGUAAGUCACUGAUUCAGCGAGCAUUUCUCAGACUUACAGAUCUUUUUUCAGCAAGACGAGGGUUUUGUUUUGCUAAAACCAGACUGUAUAAGUUCUUAUUGUUUUAGUCAGCGGCUGUCAUGAGAUGAAACAUGAUUAGUGUUCCGGAUAGGAUCUGCCUUUGGGUGUCUGAAGAUCCACAGAAAGAUGAUCUACAUUGUAAUGGGAGUCUCGGGCUGUGGAAAAAGCAGCUUUGGGGCUUUUCUUUCAGAAAAGGUAACUUUCUACUCACAUAUACCUCUCCAAUCAUGCUUGUGCCCACACAUUACCUCAUCCUCACCUGUUUCCAUUCAUCAGCUGGGCUGGCCUCUGUAUGAAGGGGAUGACUUCCACCCACAGGAGAACGUUGAGAAGAUGGCUCGGGGCGAACCGCUCACAGACAAGGACAGAUUGCCUUGGCUUCUCAAACUACAUGAAGUCAUUCAGAGGGAAAGGUGUUCAGGCUCUGAUGCUGUUGUGGUGUGCUCCGCCCUGAAGUGCCACUACAGACAGAUCCUGCUUUAUGGCUCCAAAGCCCUCACUUUCUCUUCCAGUCCAGACCAAGAAAUCCUGCCUCCCAUUACUGCUGAUGUCUUUUUUCUCUUUCUACAUGGCGACUAUGAUCUCAUUCACCAGAGGAUGAAGUCCCGAAGGGGACAUUACAUGAAAGCAGACCUGCUGCGUUCCCAGUUUGAUGUUUUAGAGCCUCCGUUGGAAGGGGAGAAUGUGUUGUCACUGGACAUCAGGAGGAGCAUUACUGAUAUGGCCAUGGAGGUCGAAAAGCACAUUAUUGGCCUAAAGUCCUCACCAGUGAUGCCAUAACCACCACAGCAGACCAAAAGAGAGUACAUCAUCAUCAUAACAUUUUUCAUCUGUUUUUAGGGAUGGCAAUGUCGGUCUUCUCAGUAGGUUCACCACAGACUGAAAUCUCAACACCUACUGGACAGAUAUUCAUGGUGCCCAUAGGAGGAAGCCUCUGACUUUUCCUCUAGCGCCCCCGGCAGGUCUAAGAUUUCACUUUUUUGUUGAAAUAUUCCAACACCAACAUCUACUUGAUGGAUUGGCACAAAAGUUUGUGCAGACAGUUAUGGUUCCCUGAUGAUGAAUUUUCAUGACUGUGGUGAUCCCUGAUUUUCUUCUAGUGCCACCAUAAGGUUAACAUUUUUGGCUUUUAUUAAAGUACACUAGAAAACAAAACUGAUUACCCCUCAAUAUCACUAACAUGUUAAAUGAUUCAAAAUUGUACCAUCUUACAAUAAUUGUAUUAUUUUUCAUUUGAAGUGAAGGGUAUUGAUCUUGCCUAAUUAAAAAAGCUUAGCUACAAGCCAAAACAACCUCAAUGCAACAAAAGUGAUGACACCUGUAAUUGUGGUAUGGACAUUGACUCACUACAGCAUGGAUUGUAAUAACUGGUAAUCCCCUGACCUUUCUUCUAGUGCCAUCACCAGGUCAAAAGUUUAAUUUGUCAAAUACUUCAUGUUUGUGGCCAAAUACAUGCAAAGUAAUGACAUUUCCAUCAUCCUCAGCUAUACUUCAAAUGUUAGCACGCUAACACCCUAAACUAAGAUGAAGAACAUGAUAGGGAGAUUGCAGGGCCUUUGAUAGCAUGCAAACAUUCACAUUUAGCUCUAAACAAUACUGUUUCUAAGUAGAGCUUCUCAGAGCAGCUAGUGGACUUUUCAUCUUGUUAUGAUCCAACAAUCAUGUCCAUUCCAUAUCUCAGCGAAGGUGAAAGGGAAAUCACUGUCACCAUGGAGGUGCAAAAUCACAGAGCAGCUUGCGGAGCAGUGGGAAUUUUGGUUUGAUCUACUCAUUAGCACUUCAGUAGAGAAUGAAGUACAUAAUCUGUGUGAUCCUGGGGUGCAUCUGUGAUUCUGAAAACAACUCAUUAGCUAAAAACUUUGCAAACACGGCCUUAAGUGCCGUUCCAGGAUAUGCAGCAGAGUGUUGGGACCAAAAGGGUCGUUUUGUUUUUAUGUUUUUUUGUAUAUAAUAUAAUUUGCCACAAAGAAAAAAGGUCCACCUGUGCAGCUGAAGAGAGAAAGAGGGUAUUAGCUCUUAUGAAGAGGUUUGUGGAAGUAUUGUAAAAGUUUGCACUAUGAAGAUUCAGUGUUUUCACAGUAAUUUUGUUGUCUAAUAUCGUCUUAUAUCUUUGACGGCAUUAUAAUGGACAAAUACCAAGGGAACAUUUUUAAUCCAAAAGAACAAAAGGCAAACACGUUUUAAAAGAAAAUGAACCUGACCAUGCACAUAUAAACACAUAUAAAGGUCUUUACUGAUAAGAUGAGCUUGUAUGAAUUUUGUUACAGUUUGUAACAGACGGGCAACAUUUACAGAGGAAAAUUGGCUUUUGGCUGCAACUAAUAGUAAUUUUCAGUAAUGAUUAAUUUGCCUGUUUUUUUUCUUGGUUUACUGAUGAACCUUUUGGUCUAUAAAAUAUCAGCAAAUGGUGAAAAACUGAUCUUUAAUAGUUGAACUAAAUGCAUUGCAAUGCAAACUGUGAGUGUACAUUCUUUUUUUUGAUUUGUCUGUCAAACUUUCUGAAGCCAACCCAAAGAUAUUCAGUUUAAUCACAAAUAAAAUCUUCUCAAUCCAGAAGCGGAAAUUUAUCUCUGGAAAUGUUAUCUCGGUUUUGCUUGAAAAACUGUAUCAAUUUCAAAUAAGCUGACGAUUAAUUUUUAUGUUGUGUAACAGAUUUAUCGACUUAUCACUUCAGAUAUACAGAAAGUUAAUUUAUAUGUUUGUAUAACUUUGUCUCGGGUCGGUUUAGAGGAAAGCUAACUGGUGAAAAGGAGAAUCCACAGCCUGUGGAAGCACAUAUGUCUCUGCCACCAACUGUAUUGACUCACCACUUCUGCUUCACCUAACACGGAUUUUAACACUGGG